AUGGCAGCAGAGGACUGGCGAGACAGCAAUGUAGGUGCAGUGGGCAGUGAUGAGGACAAAGCAACAAGGAAAAUGGCAGCUGAGAAGGAGCCUGCUUGGCGCGAAGCGGGCACAAAGCCUGGCAUUCAAAUCUGGCGUGUGGAGUAUUUCCAUGUGGUCCCUGUGGACCCCGCGUCUCAUGGACAGUUUCACAAGGGAGAUUCAUACAUAGUGCUGCACUCAGAUGAAGCUGCCGAUGGCAAGCUCUCGCGCACCAUCUAUUUCUACAUGGGGACUGAGAGCUCCGCUGAUGAGAAAGGGACGGCAGCCUACAAGACAGUCGAGCUUGAUGAUUUCUUCGGUGGUGAGCCGAAGCAGGUUCGUGAGGAGAUGGGCAAGGAAUCCCCCGCCUUUGCAGCACUUUUUUCUGGUUCCCUGACAUACCUGGAUGGCGGAGUGGACAGUGGCUUCAGGCAUGUGGUUCCUGAGGGGCACGACACAAAACUGUAUCAGAUCAGGAAGGUGAAAGGAAAAACUUCAGUCAUCCAGGUGCCGGUAAAGAAGGAUAUGGUCACGGAUGCAGACAGCUUUGUGCUGGACGCGCCAGGUAAGAUCUAUGUGUACGAUGGGUCCAAUUCUUCGCCCUUCGAGAAACAAGCGGCAAACCGACACGCAGAACAUUUGGAAAGCUUGAGGAGCGGCCGUGCACAAGCCACGCACGACAUUGACGAUGCUUUUUGGACUUUGUUAACCGCAGCUGCCUGA